GCUGACGAGGCCGCCCAGCCAUGUUGAGAAGUCUGUCAAGCAAAGUGCAGCCCGCCAUUGUGUAGACAACCAGGCUCUGUAGGCAGAUAGGGGCGCUUGACUGAAAUCUUCCACUCGCUAUACCAGUUCACCACCCUGCCGCGUUUAAUUUAGCUGUAAAUACGUUUACGCAGUCUGCCGGGGGAAAGACAUGUCAGCCAGCAGCCUUCUCGAACAGAGACCGAAAGGCCAAGGAAAUAAAGUGCAAAACGGAGCUGUGACCCAAAAGGAUUCUUUGAAUGACGAUGAGUUCGAGCCUUAUCUGAAUACUCAGGCCAGACAGAGCAAUGCCUAUACGGCCAUGUCGGACUCCUACAUGCCCAGCUACUACAGCCCCUCCAUAGGAUUUUCCUACUCCCUCAACGAGGCAGCAUGGUCCACAGGCGGGGACCCUCCUAUGUCUUACCUGGCCUCUUAUGGACAGCUGAGCAACGGGGAGCCCCACUACCUCCCGGAUGCCAUGUUUGGCCAGCCAGGCCCCUUGGGGAGCAACCCCUUCCUGGGACAGCACGGCUUCAACUUCUUCCCGAGCGGCAUCGACUUCUCGGCGUGGGGGAAUAGCAGUUCUCAGGGACAGUCAGGGACGCCGCAGAGCUCUGGCUACAGCAGCAGCUAUGCCUAUGCUCCCAGCUCACUCGGAGGGGCCAUGAUUGAUGGACAGUCCCCUUUUGCGCCUGCUACCAAUGAACCCCUAAACAAGGCUCCUGGUAUGAACAGCCUCGACCAGGGCAUGGCCGGGUUAAAGAUUGGGGGUGCCGCUCCUGGUGGUAACGGGGACAUGGCUCCUAAGGUGGUUGGUUCUGGCUUACCUGGAGGGGGUCCUCUUGGCCCAGUGUCAUCUGUAGGACCCCCAAGCAUGCCCCCUGUUUCGAUUGCACCCGCCAAGCCUGCCUCCUGGGCAGACAUUGCCAGCAAGCCAGCCAAGCCUCAACCCAAGCUGAAAACCAAGGGGGGCAUGGCCGGGGCCAAUUUGCCUCCUCCGCCCAUUAAACACAACAUGGACAUCGGCACUUGGGACAACAAGGGUACCAUGCCCAAAGCUGUAACGCCUCAGCAGGUGCCCCCGAUUCCCAGUAAUGGGCAACCACCCAAUCAGGCUUCCCCCCAGCCUGGAUCUAUGGCGGCAGGAAACCCACAGAUGCCCCUCAGCAACGGACAGCUGGUAGCCCCCGUUUCCCAGCUGGGGCAGCAUCAACUCCCACCUGGCGGGCAGCCUGGUAUGGCUCAAAUGCCCCAGCAGCCUCUUUCCCAGGGCCCCCCACCUCCCCCAAGUCAGCAGCAGCAGGCUGCUCAGCCCACUCGUUGGGUGCCUCCACGGAACCGGGCAAAUGGAUUCGGGGAUGCCGGUGGGACUGGUACGGGUCAGUCGCCUCCCUCCUCCUCCGGGGUGGGCAUAGUUCCUGGAGUCCCCUCUGAGCCUCACCCAGUCUUAGAAAAGUUGCGGAUGGUCAACAACUACAACCCCAAGGACUUUGACUGGAACCCCAAGCAGGGCCGGGUGUUCAUCAUCAAGAGCUACUCAGAGGACGACAUCCACCGCUCCAUCAAGUACAACAUUUGGUGCAGCACGGAGCACGGCAACAAGAGGCUGGACGGCGCCUACCGCUCGCUGUGCGCCAAGGGGCCACUCUACCUCCUGUUCAGCGUCAACGGAAGCGGACACUUCUGUGGUGUGGCGGAGAUGCGCUCGCCCGUGGACUACAACACGUCUGCCGGCGUGUGGUCGCAGGACAAGUGGAAGGGGCGUUUUGACGUGCGCUGGAUCUUUGUAAAAGACGUUCCCAACAGUCAGCUGAGACACAUCCGACUGGAGAACAACGAAAACAAGCCAGUGACCAACUCUCGGGACACACAGGAGGUGCCUCUGGACAAGGCCCGGCAGGUGCUCAAGAUCAUCGCUGGAUAUAAACACACCACCUCCAUCUUUGACGACUUUUCACACUACGAGAAGCGCCAGGAAGAGGAGGAGUGUGUGAAAAAGGUGGAGGUCCAAGGCAGCGAGCCAUAUCCCAGCAACAGGAGUCAUUACAGGCUGCAGGAUCGCCAAGGACGAAUCAAGUAACAGUUGGUGCUUUUGUCAAAAGACUGCAAAGGCCCCCACCACCUCCCUCUCCCUUUUGCCCUGCCCUGCCCCCCACCCCACCCACCCAUUUGCAUCAAUACAUCUGCAUCUCUCUAAGAAAUUCUAAAACGGGGUGAAGAAUUAACCAAGGACAAGAGAAGAGGGGGAAAAAACACAAAUGAAGACUUCCUUGAUUUCUUUUGACUUUGAAGACUUCGAACUUGUAGUAAUAAAAAAAAAGAAGAAACAAUUAUUCCUAGGACUACAACUUAACGCAUAGCAUCCUUAGCUGAGCUUUUUUUUUUUUUUUUUUUUUUUGCCCCACCCCAUUCCACUGCGUAUGCUUCCCCUUCAUUUUUUUUAAAGCAAAAGGAUCAUCCUGGUCUUUUUUUUUUUUUUUUUUUUUUUUUUUUAAUCAAAGAGCAAGUCUGUAAUUGUCACAAGAACUCACAUAGAUGUUCAUGUUAAUGGUGUCCUAAUGUCAGAAAUGGGCUGCCGCUCCCACUUUCUGUGUGCACCAUGCCUUCUGAGGACAACCUGGACACAGCGGCUCUUUAUUAAAAGACGACACUAUGUUCCAGAACCAUGUUCUUAAAUAUCGGCCAUGUUUUUUUGUUUGUUUUUUGUGUCCUUUCUCUCUUUCUCUCACUCUCUCUUUCUCUCUGAGAAGCCCGCUAUUUUGGUUUUGCAUGUGUUGGAUGGUUCGUGGGGGGACGUGCGGAGGAUCUCACAAAGGAAGCGUAAGAAGAAGCAAAAAAGGGUUCAAGAGUAAGAAAGAAUUAAGUUGAGCCUUGCUGUCGGUAUCAUUUUUAUGGGGCCCGUCUAACUCGCAGUCUUCAUUGGAGUUCAUUUACCCCACCUUGUUCCUUUCUCUUGGACACAUUAUUCAUUGUUGAAAUGGACUGCUUUCAUUUUGUUUUGUUUUUCUUUCGCCCUUUUCUAACGACAGUGAUGCGAGUGGCCUUGCCCGCCGCUCUUUCUAUUAAUCGGUUCAAAAGUUCCAAAUAAAUGUGGUAUAUUAAGCAGAGAUGGUGUGCAUUCCCCUUGUUUCACUUUGUCACACAUUUGUAAUCAUCUCGCCCUUAAAUGAAGAAUGUGUCUUAACUUUAAUAUUUCAACCACCCCUUUGCCAUCAUUUUCACCACUUUUAACCUUCCACGUCUUCUCUAAUCUACUAACUUGGACCGUCUUCUACACUCCCAUUUUUCCCCCCCAUUUCUGACUGCUCAAGCCAAAUUAGUUUAUAAUACUAUUGUUUUUUUUCCCCCAGAAUGUCAUUUUGGGGAGUUUAAACAACAAAAAAACAUGCAAAGUCCUCUUUCAGAACUACUGGCUUUUAUUUGUGGCAUAAUAAAGAUGCUCCACAAAG